AUGUUGGCGGAGUCGUUCAAGGGUGUUCCUGCUUGGCUGCUGGCUGUGUCGAAGACGCUGGCAGGCAAGACGCCGUUGGCUGCCUUUGAGCGCCUGCAGCAGGCGGCGGAGGACCCGCUUUAUGCGAAGACCGCCGUGUACAUUGUGGAGCAUCUUCUUCGGCAGGGCGAACUUGCGGCGGCGCGGCGUGUGGCGACGGAGGCGCUACAAGCCAUUGAGAAACUGCACCAGGGCGUCCAGGAACACCAGCGGGCCGUGAUGGAGCACAUGACCGCCUGGCUGGAGAGCGAGGGGUACAUGCUGGUGGCGCCGUCGCGGCCCAACAAGAAGUCCGCGCCGGAGGAAGCGCCCGCCAAGGGGAAACGCCAGAGGAGUCGGUCAGCCCCCAAGGGCGGAGCCGGGGCGGCGGCGGCGGCGGCGGCGGUGGAGCCCAAAAAAACUCCAUUCGCCGGCACCCCCGGAAGGCAGUGGACGACGUCGGAGCAGCAGAUGCUACGACAACUGACCCGCGGUGUCGCCUAUGUGCGGCGGCGGCGGGCGCUGCGUUGGCUGCGAGGUCGCAUCAUGCAGUUCAACGCCCCCUACCAGGCCCAGCUGCACUUUUACCUUUCGGUGAUCGCCCAGUCCUCGUUGGAGCAGCAGCGACAACGACAGGCGCAGCGAGGCGAGCAUGCGACCGUUUCCGUCACGAACACGCGACCGGGGCUCAAGUCGAGGGCGCGCGGGGAGGAGGCUGCCGCCGCCGCCGCGCUGACGCGAGCGGAGGAACUGAAGGCAGAAGUGAAGGAGGAGGAGAAACGUUUUAUUCAACAUGCGACCCGCUCGGCGUUGCUUUUCACCCGCUGCGGCUUUCCCUCUCGGGCAUUUGCGGUCAUUUCACAGGCCAUUGACGGCCUUCGCACGUUCGUGUGUGAGGAUCCGCCUGACAUGACGCUGGCGGACGAUGAGUUGCUGCUUCCCGGCUGCGGCCCAUACGAUGCUCCGCACGACGAUCUCGCGCCGAAGCGACGUACAAGUGCCGCCAGCCUCUCCUGCGACUCCACUUCAUUGCACAAUGCGGAGCCGAAUAUAAUGCAGCUGGUGGCCACCAACGAAAAGUUGAUUGAAUGGGGACCACGUGUCCUGCCACUUGCACGCGUACUGCAGCGCAUGCUGUUCCUGCUGUGGUACGGCUUCGUGGACUACCGCCGCGACGUGGAUUUUCUGCACCCCGCCGCCGUGAAGGUUGGGCAGGACGUGCAGCUUGAGGAGCAGUUGCAUUUCCAGGGCCGGGUACCGUCGCUGCACUCGUACGCCUCCGCAGCUGGGCAGUAUGAGGAGGCGCGUCUGGCGCACCGCGCCGCCGUGAACUCCGCACGCCUGAUCCGGUCGUUUGGAUGGCGCACGCGCGUGGUGCAGGCCGCGGAGCAGAAGGGGCGCGAGGAGGUGCAGCUGCAGUGGCUGACGGAGCUGCACGAGUUACUCGUGGAUCAAGUUUCGGCGGGACUGGCGUCGAUAGAGCCGCAUGCCGCCGGGCUGGCGGGGACGCUUGCGGAGCUUGUGGAGCAGGCAAGAACAGGGGCGCGGAGGCCGUCGUGGGGGAUGCCGUCGAGAAAGCGGAAGAAGUCGCCGAGGAAUGUCGAGCUGCAGCGGGGGGAGGUGCCCGAGCCGAUACGAAGAGGCAGCGCCGAUGCCACUGCGCUGAUUGCACUGCGGUUUGGCUCGGCAAUCCCGGCUGAGAAGGUCAUAGACAACCUCAUGUUUCUCCUGCGGUACACGCAGGUGUGCUGUCAGCUGGCCUCGCUGGAGCUCUGCCUGGAGGUGCACACGUUGACCGAUGGCCUCUUCGCCUACGCCUUGCUGCCGUUUGCGCUCAGCCUGCAGCGCAGCAUUGGCGCCCCGCGCAACGAGGAGCUCCUGCAAGAGUACACCCAUCUGCGGCAAAAUGAGCCGAUGCACAAGGUGCUGGUGCGCAACGCCCGGCGCUCGUGGGAGAAGUACACGACGACAGAGGCGUAUCGGCGUGUGAUGCAGCGCCUCUCGCGAACGCUGCUGCCGUCGAAGCGAAGCGUCAGGGACCCCUCGGCGGUUGGCGCCUCGUUUGCCGAGGCCGACAGCACGUCGCGGACGAGUCUGGAGACGGCAACGACUGGGCGAGUGGCCGUGCGGGGCGGUGAUGGCGGGCGGCAGCCGGCGUUGCGGGACGUCAUCUCCCGCUAUGAGGCGGCCACAAGUUACCUGCAGGAGCGACGCCUCUUCGGCCUGCUCUCCGAGCAGCUCCACGAGAUGGGACGCAUUCACCUGCUGCACCGCCAGCGCGCGGAGGCAGAGCGGUGCUGGAUCGAGGCCGUUGACGCGGCGCUGGAGGUGCCAGACAGUCUCAAGCGUCCGCCUGAGACGUGGGCUAAACUCCCCGUCGCCACGCUUGGCCUGCCCCGUCUAUUGCUCGCCAUCAUGUCCAUCAGCUCGCUCGCCAUGUACAUCUACCGCGAGCAGCAGGGUAGGGCGGUGGAUGCCUAUUUGCUGGCCGCACGCAUUCUUGAGCGCUUUUUUGAGCAGGGCACCACGAGUAAUUUUCCGCGCCACCUGCGCGAGUUUGGGGGGUUUAUGCUGGAGGACCUCGUUGUUCUCCCGCAGCUCGGCGACUCCAUGCCUGCGUUGACGCCGCAGGUGGUUCACCACAUGCUCUUUCUUGCCUGGGAGCUGCUACGCUUCAAGUUCCCCUUCUACGCCGCCAUGGUUGCCUCGCUGACGGAGUACUUUGCGCGGACCCACAUGAGCCACGUGGCCUCCACCGUGGAGGCGCGCCUCGUGCAGGCGAUGGCGGCCGGCAAGUUUGGAAGCUACAAGGCCGCGAUGAAAAUACUGCGCGGGGUGUGCCAAGGGGUUCGAAUUCCACGUGGGGCGCUGGACAGCACCGCACUGCGGGUGCGGGCGCUGGUGGAGUGCGUUGAGACAGUCAAAUCCGCGAAGAACGGCAAGCGCGGGGAGGGCGGGGCGAGCUUCUCUAGCCGACAGACAGACCAGCAGCAGCAGCAACAGGCGGACCAGCAGCAGCUGCAGCAGCAGGAUCAGCAGCAGCAACAACAAUGUGAACCAACGGAGGGGCUUUACAACGACGCCGAGCUCCCGCUGCGGGCCAGCAAUGUGGCUUGCAUACAAACCUUCCUGACGCAGUGCCUUGGGGCGGGGAAUGCGGCGGCCCCAAAUGUGUGGACGCCACAGUCCUCUUCGUCACCCGCCACCACCUCUGUAGGCGGUGGUGGUGGUGGUGGUGGUGGCAGCGUGCUGCCCGAGGCAGUGGUGGCGUGCUACGGCGUAUGCCUCUCGCAGCGUGUGGAGCUCGCGAUUGCCGACUUGCUGGUGACUCUCGGAACGAAGGAGGCCGCGUACGUCUGGAGCGCCUUCACGACGCAGCAACAGCCUGUCGUGAGCGACCGACGCGGGCCGCGCCCACGAAGCUCGCAACGGGUGUACCUGCACGGGUUUGCUAAUUCUGCGUGCCUUGAGGCGUUGAGCGCCGCGGAGCAGAUGCUGAACUCGCUACUGGCCAGGCUGCAGGAGAAGGGGGGCGGCGCAGCCGCAAAGGAUGCGCCUUCCAAGCGGAGCACCGGACAGGAGAAGACGGCCGUCGCCGUGCCGGAUGACGCGCGAGGAAAGCGCGGCCAGGAUGUGGAGGAGAGGUACUUGCGCUCCACCGCGUUGCUGCUGCUUGCCAGAAUUUGCACCGCGCGCGGGGAUGCUUCCAAGGCGUUGGCAGUGCUGCGGGGGCUUGUGGCAGACUUUAACGAAAAGUUGGAGGGUUCUGCCUUUACCGCCGCCGCCACCGGCGCCCCCUCGUACCUCUGGACCGUCGCAACGCACCUCUUUUGGUGCGACGUCUACGAGCUGAUGUUGCUCAACCACGUGCGGAUUCGCGAAUACGCGGCGGCGCAGCAAGUGAUACGCGCGGCGAUCGCCCUUUGUGAGCACUGCGGUGAUCCCUGCAGUGGACGCGUGUUCUCGCUCUACGACGGCGCCAUUAAGGCAAGCACGGGGGCCGCCGCGGAGGCCAGAGAAACAUGCCGCGCCCUGCAGAAGGUGUCCCACAGCUUGGGGUACGACAGCCGGAUUGACAUGCUACACGCCUGGGCGGUCGUGGCGGCGGAAUCCCUGCGCCGUGUGCUGGCUGACGGAGGACUGGAGCAAAGAGAGACAUCCUCCUCUUCUUCUUCCUCCUCCUCGUCGUCGUCGUUCGCGUCUCUGGAGGCGCUGGAGACUGCUGUGCGGGCACUGCAAGCGUACUGCGAGGUGUACGGUCUGCCCCCCGGCGCUCUGCCUCUGCUAGAGGCGCAGCGGCUGCCCGCAGUCACGGAGGCCGCUGUGCGGCGCCGCUCCUUCGUGGCGUGGAACGUGGAGGCAGUCUUCCUGCACCGUGCGGUAAACCUGCUGGCCGAGGCCUACAUGCGUGUGGGCAAGCUGGAGCACGCGGAGGGGCUGCUGCGGCACGCCAUCGUCGCCCUCACCCCGCGGUACGACACCGCCGCCCACCCCACGCCGCUCAACGAGAGCCGCUUUAUGCUGGCGCGGGUCCUCUGCCUGCUCAGGCCCUCGCUGCUCAACGAGCAGCAGCCGUCCGCGGAGGGGGUGUGCGACGCCGUCUACGCCCAGGAGCCCAGUGAGGCGGAGGUGCUGAACCUGCUGGAUGCGCCGCGACAGCAGCCAGUGCGACUCCUGAUGGAUGUUGCGGAGCAGGCGGUGACGAGCGGUACCCACGACUACAACAUUCUGCGCCUGGCGCUGCUGCACCUGGCGGUGCUCCUGACCCGUGCGGACCGGGCGUUUCACCUCAUGGCUGCCACCUGCGUGAUUUUGGCCAAGUUUGUGGAGGACAUGAAAUUCCACGUGUUCAGCGGCACCAGCGUCUUCUCCCUCUACGGGGAGGACAACCUGCAGCUCGGGACGGAUCUGGCGUUCCCCGAGAGCGUCGUCGCCGUCAUUCAAUCCACGCAGCGCAGUUUGGGCAACGUCGUCGAAAAGGACGUCAGCAGCGGCGUGGUUGCCGCGGGAGCCGUGUUGCCGAGCGCCUCGUCGGAGCAGCGCCGCACCCCCUCCCGCUCCCGCGAGGAGAAAGAGGAGCCUGCCCAAAGGAACGCCGUCCCACUGCCUGUGGUGGUCGCCGCCUUCGCCUCCCUGCAUCUGGAGCAGGCGCUGCAGUGCGUCUUUCCCCCGCUGGAGUCACUCGACCUCGAAACGGCCCUGCGACUAGUGCGCAAGUACCUGCAGGUGAAGACGUCCCCGCUCGGCGGUUGUUACCUUUGGUACGACGAGGUCACACGAGAGGCACACAUUAGGCAGCAACAGCAGCAGCAGCAGCAGCAACAGCAACAGCAGCAGCAGCAGCAGCACGGACAAGGGCGUCCUGGCGAGGGUGCCCGUGCACAGCGCAGUUCUAUCCUAGCCGCCGAGGCAGCGGCGGCAGCCAUGUCGUUGCUCCCGCCCAUCGUCGUGGACAAGCUGCCGCCGCUGCUUAGCACCGCAACUCUCACGCAGCUGGGGAUACCCAGAGUGAACGCGGUGCUGUGCCAGUCCUUUAUGCGCGAUGUCGGCAAGAGCCUCGGUGGUAAGUUGAAUGGGCCGCCGGCGCGGAGUGGGGGAGGUCAAGCACGUGGUGCGGCAGCUUCCACCCACAACGCAACAACCCAAGCAGUGGGCAACCCCCCGGUGAAGCUGACGUUUGUUCUUUUUGUGUCGCCCGUCUACGACCCGGGCGCAACGCACUCCCCUCCCGUCGGCGAGAAGGUGCAGCACUCGCCGAGCAGAAAGCCGCCGCGUCCAGGGGCGAAGUCCGCCGCGGGGGCGAUGGUAGACGCAAAAACUCUCAGUGGCUCACUACCCAUUGCCCACCCGUGGAAUGGAACACGGUGCGUGACGUUUGAGCUGCCAGUGGAGGAGCUGCCGACACUUUUCGCGCAGGCCGCGCAAACACUGCAGUUGAUGCAGAAUCCCUCCGCCACGGUCGUGGUGUCCGGGACGGAGGGUGGGGAGGAGGAGGAGGUGCCGGUGGAGGCCGCCUUGUCGCAGCAGCUGAACGAGGCCGUGGUGCUCCUGGCGGCCAAGACGGCGCCUCCCACCGGCGGCCGAAAGGCAGCACGCGCGGGGGCAGCCGUGGAGUUUCAGCUUCACAGCACACAGGGCGCGACCUCCGGCGGCAUUUCCCCCGCGCGGCAAGGCGGAGCCGCCGGUCGGCCGGAGGGCGGUGGUGGUGCCGCGGCGGCCGCCCAUGACACCGCCGCGGCGGACGGCGUAGGUGAAGUGCCAGCUGUGGACGAGGCGAAGUCGCGGCUCGUCACCGGCUUCAUCGAGCUGCUCGUUCGCUCCGUUGUCCCACGCGCCGUCACGGACGACGAGCUGAUGGAGCGCUGCGUGGAGGCGCUGCUCCCCCGCUGCGCCGUCUCAGUGGAGGUGGUGCGCUUCCUGCAGGCGCUGGCGGCGGGCGACGGCGGGGGCGUCUCGCUCUUUCACCCCGGCCUGCACGAGUGGUUUGCCCGCGUGGCAAAGUUUGUGGUGGAGCACGCCUAG